CACAUGGAGCAGCGAUCGUCGCCGUCGUCGGCGAGCUCCACGAUAAUUUCGACGCGAGAUUCACGAAUAAUGAAUAUACGAGCGUUCGCGAGAUGAAACCGUGAGAGUGAAUGUCGAUCGCGGGAUAGAUUACGAGCGCUGCUAAAAAAAAGCAACAAAGGUGGGAUCAUGAGACAUUCCAAAAUGUUACUUUUAAUACUGACGGCGAGUCUCCUCGCCGUGACUCACGCCGGAUGUCCCAUGAGGCCAACGGUGGAGCAAGCUUCCGCGAGCAGGACGGUGGGUGACGGUGGUUAUAGAAUUCUCAUCAGCGGACAAACAAACGGAUACAUCCCGAAUGCAGUUCACACGAUUAGCCUGCAAGGAUCGCAAACGCAUGAGAGACUGCAACAAUUUACGCGUUUCACGCUCACGGUGCAUUCGCAGCACGCGCCAAGUAAUCCUGCGGCUCGUGUCGGUUACUUCCAGCUGUUUCCGGAUUCCUUGACUACCUUCAACGAGGACUGCAUUAACACGAUUUCCGAAGCGACCGAUUACCCGAAAUCUGAGAUCCAGGUGAUGUGGCGGGCGCCACAGGCCGGCUCCGGGUGCGUCAUUUUCACCGCGAUGAUUUUGGAGAACAAUGUACGAUGGUAUGCGGAAGAUGGUGCCCUUACCAAGACCGUUUGCGAAACGGUAAACACGGAAAUUGAGAGUGCUAACGAGACUAGAUGUUGCGCUUGCGACGAAGCGAAGUACUCGUUAACCAUGGAGGGUAUCUGGUCGAAUAGAACUCACCCGAAGGACUUUCCGUUUUCUGCCUGGUUGACCCAUUUCAGCGACGUCAUCGGUGCAUCGCACGAGCCGAAUUUUUCCUUCUGGGGUAGAGAUCAUAUCGCGACGGACGGUUUUCGACAACUGGCCGAGUGGGGUUCCGCGACGGGCGUGGAGGCGGAAUUAAGAGAGAAAUCCAGACAACUUAGAACGCUUAUUAAAGCCGCCGGUCUUUGGUAUCCUAAUGUUAAUACAAAUACGACGACGAGCUUCAGGGUAGAUCGAAAGCACCCUCUUCUCUCGGUGGCUUCAAUGCUGGGUCCGUCUCCCGACUGGGUGGUAGGUGUGAGCAAAUUGAAUCUUUGUCAGAAGGACUGCACGUGGACGAGGAGUAUGAUAAUCGAUCUUUAUCCCUGGGACGCCGGAACCGAUAACGGCAUCAGUUACAUGUCGCCGAAUUCCGAGACGAAACCGCGCGAGAAGAUGAAGCCGAUAACGACCCUCUAUCCAGAGGAUCCGCGGUCACCGUUCUACGAUCCGUCCGGUAGGCCCAUGCACCCACUGGCCAGACUGUAUUUAAACCGGGAGAAAAUUAUUCCACGCGGAUGCAGCGAGGAACUUCUGCAGCAGCAAGUAACCGAAUUGGAAGUGGCCGAGAACACCGAGGACACGUCGAGACCGGAGUGCCACACAACGGAUUAUUCGCCGUGGUCGUCGUGUUCAGUGACCUGCGGUAAAGGCUUAAGGAUGCGCACGAGGUCUUACAGAAUGCCGGAGAAAGCCGCUAUGUUCAACUGUAACAGACAGCUGGUUUCGAAGGAGAUGUGUGUCGCGUCCAUUCCCGAAUGCUCGGGCGAGGAGGAGAGCGACGACGACGUGAUUUUGCGGGUCGACCCGCUUUGCGAGACCACCGAAUGGAGCGAGUGGUCCGAGUGUUCGAGCACGUGCGGGAUCGGCCUGAAAAUGCGAACGAGGAGAUUCCGCGACCGUCGCGGCCGCAAACGGUGCACGCACGUGUCGCUCGUCGAGAAGGAGAAGUGCAUGGAGCCACCGUGUCAGGCGGGAACGGAAGAGCAGCUCGAUCCUGUGUGCAGGGUGACGGACUGGUCCGACUGGUCGCCGUGCAGUGCUUCCUGUGGCAAGGGGGUGAAACUGAGGACCAGGCUGCUGAUAGUCGACAUGUCGCUGCAGACGGAAUGCUCCUCGCGCGUGGAAUUGAUCCAGCAACGGCCGUGUCUCGUUCAGUCGGACUGUACGUUUGACAUGGCAACGGCAAAGGUUGUGUGUAUGGAGGAAGCAGAUCCCGGCCCGUGCAGAGGCUACUUCCAGAGAUGGGCUUUCAACCCGCGGAAAUUAAUGUGCGUGCCCUUCGCGUACGGUGGAUGCCGUGGCAACCGGAAUAAUUUCCUAACGGCGGACGAGUGCGGCAAUACCUGCGACAUCGUGCGAACUGCUCUUACCGGCCAGGCCUUUAACGAGACCGUAAACCAAAAUCAAACACCUAUUGACUCGCUGAGUCCACCUCCUCCUCCAUCUCCCCCUGUGGAUUGUGUGGUAACCCGCUGGUCAAAUUGGUCGCCGUGUAGUGUCACUUGUGGUAUUGGGCGCGUCACAAGUUACCGUACCGUCGAGCGAGAGGCUGCAAACGGUGGCCGUCCCUGCCCGAAGAAGCUGCAUCGUCGUUAUCGUUGCGAACUGGCGCCGUGCGAGUGACGAAUCAAGAAGAAGCUCUACAUUCGAUAGCAUUUAAAUUAGGAUAUACGUAGUAGAAUAAGGAUUACUCAGGCAAAGGAUCUGUCAAAAAAAGAUAGUUUAAUUACAUCUGCAAAGAGGUAAAUCUCUGUAAAUUUUUAAUAUUAGAACGUACGAGACCUAAGCCAUAUACACGAAUGCAUAACGUGGAUUAUUGUGUCCCGUGCGCAAUUUGAUUAUUUCUUAAUAUUUUUCCGCUCGCGAUUUCUUUUUUUCUAUGCCAAAAAGCGCUACGGUAAUGAAAAAAAUAA